UACUGGUAUAUACAACAUUGUUCUUUUCACGAUGAUGACAUCGAUGGAAAAAAAAUACGUCACCGAGUUAAUAGACUGUUUCAACAGCGAUCGGUGCCACGAAAUUCUGGGAGAAUUAAUAAGUUUUAUCAGAUAAAAAUUCCGCUGAUAUGUGAUUGGAGUGGGCUGAUAACGUAUCAAAACCCUGACGAAGAAAGACCGAGAAGACGGUUUUGAUAAAUAAAUUAUAAAUAGACAUUUUUCGUGAGCAAUGUCGCGAUCCCAUGAAUAUACUCUGGUUGACGGGGCCCCGAGCACCAGCAUGGAGUCUGGCAGUCAGGGGAACCUCAUAUCGAGAGGGAAAAUUGAUAAGUACAGCUCGACUUAUGUUCCCCACAAUCGACUGUCUAGGUAUACUACAGCACUUGUCAAUCUCAUUCCUGUGAGAUUUAAAAGAGUUCCAGGUUCAGAAAUUCCGGUGGACAAAAUCGGUCUGUUCUCAAGUGUAUCGUUCACCUGGCUCACUGAAUAUGUUUCCGCGGGGUACAAGAAGAAAAUGGGCGAGAAACCGCUGCCCACGAUAGCCUUGCAAGAAUCCUGUCAAAUAAAUGGGCCGAGAAUAGAUUCUCUGUGGCAUAAUGAUAUUGUCAAGAGAGGACAGGCUGGGGCUUCGGUUCCCAGCAUCGCUUGGCAGUUCGUGAAGACCAGAGUCCUCAUCAGCUCGUUGAUUCACCUCCUGGGGAUGAUCAUCGCUCUUUGCAGUCCUAUCCUAGUACUCCAGAGGAUUAUUACCUCCACGGAGGAUCGUCUUCAGAUGUCAACUGAAUAUCGAGCGACAAACUCCUCCCCUGUCUUAAAUACGACCCGUUCAAUCGAAUUAACGGAUAACUUAGACCGAAUAAUCAUGAUGGACAACGUGAUAAUCUCCACUCACGUGAUCCUCCUGAUUUCCGCGGAGAUGCUCUCCUAUUUUCUGAUCGCUUGGAGUGCAGCGAUGAACUUGAGGACAGCAACGAGACUGCGAUCAGCGUGUCUUUCUCUGGCAUACAAAAAGCUUGUGCGUUCCUCAAUGCGAUGUGCAGCACCAGUGCACCAGACGCUGACGUACUUCGUACCAGAUAGCAACACUCUAUAUGAGCUCAUUGCCAAUGGGCCCCUGAUAUUCUCCGGGCCCUUAAUCCUCCUCCUCUCAUCGCUCUUCAUCUGGAGCUCCAUGGGGCACUGGGCCCUCAUCGGAAUAGUCGUCCUCAUUGUCCUGUACUUAGGUCUCAUCCUCUCGGCAUACUUGACCAAGGUCUUUGCCACGAGAGCCAUGAAGUUCUCCUUACGCAGGAUCAGUCUUCUCCAGGAGUUCAUCGAGAAGAUCUGCAUUGCAAAAAUCGGAAAAUAUGAUAAGCGAUUUGUUGCUGGCAUCAGGGGAAUCAGGGAUAUGGAGCUCAGGGAGAUGAAGCUGGGGGCUUUGAGUGAAGGCUGGAGUCUCUGCAUGGUACAUGUGAUUCCUAUCGUCACUGUCAGUGCUAUGACCAUGGCUUACUUGAUAACUCAUAAUUUCAUCGUCUCAGCAAAUUACAUCCCAUGUCUCGUCCUGAUUCUCUUGAACUUGAAGCACUGCGUGCGGAGUAGUUGGCUCGCGAUGAGCAGCAUCUCACGUGGUGUGGCCUCUCUGAACAAACUCAAGGCAAUCCUCAUCUUGAAAGAUAACAAUCGCUUCACGGACAAACCUAUCGACAGAAACUUGGCGAUCGCGAUAAACGGAGGUCACUUUUCCUGGGCGCAAGACAACUCCACGGUUGACAGGAUAAUCCGGAGUUCCUCUCAGUACAUCCUGGAGGAAACUCCCACACCUCUCGCGAAUUUGUCUCCACCACACACUUUGGUGGAUAUAAAUUUUUAUGCACCCAAGGGAAGACUCAUCGGGGUGUGCGGCUCAUCGAAGAGUGGAAAGACUUCUCUCCUUCUGGGUAUCAUGGGACAGCUAAACCACAGUGGAGGACACGUCGCGAUUGAUGGGAGUUGUUCUUACGUACCAGAGGAGGCGAGUCUUCUCGAGGGAACUCUCAAGGAGAAUAUCACCUUGGGGGAGGCCUUUGACGCCUCCUGGUACUACAAGACCAUUCAAGCCUGUAAACUCAAUGAUGAUCUCAAUUCUCUCCCUGGGAAUGACGACACCGAUGUUUCCACUGUGGAGUUGACCAACUCCCAAAGACAGAAGAUCGCCCUUGCCAGGGCACUUUACAAUAAUAAGGAUAUCAACUUAUUGGAUAAUCCGUUGAGAAAUGUCGAGAAGACUGAGGGCUUGGAUAUUUUCGAGAAGGCGAUUAUCCAGAUACUGGGGGAAAAGUGUGUAAUUCUAGUCUCAGAUAAGAUCCAAUUUUUAGAGAGAUGUGAUACAAUUUACGUAAUGAAAGGAGGAAAAAUAAUUGAGCAAGGCACUCAUAAUGAGCUUUUACAAUGGAACAGUGAAUACACGGAUUUGAUCAAGAGCUUCAGCAGAAGGCAGGAGGGAGCCGUCACCAGGGAAGUAGUAGAGCCCGUCAGGAAGAAGCAUUUGUCCAUUGGGCCAAGUAUUUCCGGUAGUAUCCUUGAUAUAGCGACCCAGAUGGAGGGAGAUUCUGAUGAGGGAGGAGUGCACGAUCGACUGAAAUCAGAGGUGAAGUACAAGGCGUACAUUAAUGGGGACAGACGAUGGUGGCACGGAGCAAUCGUCUGUACUCUCUCGUUACUUUAUUCAGUUCCCAUCGCUGCUGCUCCUCUAGUCUUCACCUAUAUCGCUCAGAAAAUGCUGACGAAUACCACGACGAUCGCAGUAAUCCUUGCGUUCAUGGUCGGAUUCAUCAUUUUUUGGGGUUUAAUUCUCAUGAUUAUUUACAAUGAGGAAGUGUUCACCUCAGCUAGUAACAUCCACGAGCUCUGGCUGCAAAAAAUCUAUCGAGCUCAAAUCUCGAUAUUCUCGACAGUCUCGUCAAUAAUCCUCCUCAACAUAUUUAGUUUAAACCUCCAGGAGGUGGAUUACACUCUACCGAGACUCAAAAUAACAGCACUGAUGCACAUUGGGAUCAGUCUCUUCAGUGUGAUCACUCUGGGGAUUCUAUCCCCCUGGCUCUUGCUGCCCACCUUGACUUUUUUAUCUGCAGCAUUGGCAUACAAUCUCUACAUCAGGGGACUUCUUCAGACCCUCUACGAAAUGAAAAUUCACUCAGUAACGCCAAUCUACACUCACACAAUAAACGCAGUGAGCGAGAGAGCAGUAGUUCAAGCUUUUCGAAAAGAGAGAGAAUUAUCGAAAAAAUUUUAUAAACACUGCAACACCGGUCUAGCCUACGACUUUCUCCUAGACGCGCUGAAGCUCUGGGUCGAGUUUAGGAUAAAAUUCAUCUCAGCACUGGCCCUAGCUAUCAUCGUAACUAUCUGUGCAUCGGUCAGUGCGAUAAACGUUCGGUACGAAGUCCUGGGGCUGGCGUUCAUUUGUACCCUGCAGUUGACCCAGAGUGUUGUCCACCUAACAGGAGCUCUUAUGGGUGGGUACGGAAGUCUCCUGACUGUUGGCGUCGUCGACAAGUACAUUAUGAAUAUUCCUCAAGAGAAAACAACAGGCGAUAACAUUCGGAAGCAGUGGCCAGCCGUCCCUGAUAUUCACUUCCAGGACGUUCUCUUGAGUACCAACUCUCCGAUAGAUCAGGAGCCCUUGAAUUUUUCAAUCUACGCAGGCGAGAAAGUAGCAUUUCGAGGUCUUGACCCUGAACUGCAGCGAGAUCUUAUCAAAUGUCUGCUGCAAAUCGACGACGUCUUUGCUGGAAACAUCAUCGUCGGCUCUCUCAAUAUAUUCGAUAUCUGUAUCGAAGUUCUGCGAGAUCACGUCGACUUCAUUCCUAGGGUUCCAGUUCUGUUCGAUGGAACUAUUAGGUACAAUCUAGAUCCGAUUCGUCGGUUCAGCGAGAAGACUAUUGUAAAGACUCUCCAGAAAAUGUUGUUGUGGGAGAAAAUAGCCAAAUUGGAUGAACGACUCGAUAAUGACGCGAGUAAUAUAUUCAGUCUUGUGGAGAAGAAACUCAUGCUCUUGGCGAGGAUCUACUUGAAAUCAAUGGCUUUCAGCAAGCAUAUAAUAAUAAUUGAAGAAUUGGACGAAGACGCUGAGAUGCUGGACGGUUUAUUCCAGGACGUCCUGAAGGACUUCACUGUAAUAGUGCUCUUUAGUAAAUCCAGCUGGAACGCUCAACGAGUCAUCAAGCUGAACGAACACAAAAUGAUGAAAAUAACAACAGGCUCGUCAUUAUCUCCAGUCGCCACGGAUUUAUUAUCAGUACCAAAAAAUAAUGAGACAAGCAUCUAGCUGUCCUGAAAUAUAUAAUC